AUGCAGGCGUACCCCGCGGAUAUCCCGCAGCCCAACAAGGGGACCCUCGUCCCCGGCCAGAGCAUCACCGUCAACAAAUACACUGUUGUCGUGGAGCGCUACCUGAGCCAGGGCGGGUUCGCUCACGUCUAUCUCGUCAGGACCGCUCAGCCGGUCUACAACACGACACAUCAUGUCCUGAAGCGUAUUGCCGUUCCGAAUGAAGCGAUGCUUUCAGAAGUCAAGAAGGAGGUGGACAUUAUGAGAAUCCUCAAGGGGCAUCCCAACAUCGUCUUCCUCAUCGACGCAGCCUGGCACCGGAUGACCAACGGCACCUACGAGGUUUUCAUUCUCAUGGAGUUCUGCCCUGGUGGAGGAAUUAUCGACAUGAUGAAUCGCCGGCUCCGAGAACGCCUCACCGAGCUGGAGAUCCUCACCAUCUUCGUUGAAGUCUGCGAAGGCCUGGCUGCCAUGCAUGCACUUAAGCCCCCAAUCCUUCACCGCGAUCUCAAGGUGGAGAACAUCCUUCAGGCGUCUUCGACCUCGUACAAGCUAUGCGACUUCGGUAGUGCCAUUCCGGUGCAAAAGAUCCCCACCAAUACGCAGGAGCUCCGCAUGCUGGAGGCCGAUCUUAAUCGACAUACAACUCUGCAAUAUCGCGCGCCGGAGAUGAUCGACGUUCAUCUCAGAAGACCCAUUGACGAGAAGAGCGAUGUCUGGGCAUUAGGUGUGCUCCUGUACAAACUCUGCUACUACACCACCCCCUUUGAAGAGCAUGGCCCCCUUGCUAUCUUGAACGUCCAAUACAAAAUCCCCCCAUACCCCGUUUACUCCGCUCAGAUGAAUAGUCUAAUCGGGUCUAUGCUCAAGGAGCACGGCGCGCAACGCCCGUCUGUGUUCGAGGUCCUCCAGCACGUCCAUCUGCUUCGCGGGACGAAGUCACGCUUCACUUACAACAUCCCCGUCAAAGAGCCCCUUUCUCCUCGCUCCCUGGGCGCACCUCUUCAGACCCUGUCCUCGAACAUCGCGAACCCUCUGGAUGAGCUUGUCUCAUACAGGUCGCAGCAGGCUACUAACAAGAACGCGGGCGUGGAAGCUCGAGAAAAGGUGCUGGAAGCCAUUGCCCCCAUGCGGAGAGGACGGCCAGCACAGGGCAUUCCUUCGUCGAAGACACCUUCACGACCGGGAAGCCCGGAGAAACCGGUUGCCUUCGAAACCAAGUUUGGCGACGACGAAGACCGCUCGUGGAAGGGCCCAGCGCGGUCCCCUCUACCGACGCCUCGCAACGACGCUGGAUCUGCGAACAGCCAGGCUGGAUCUGCGAACAGCAAGACCGAUGGGGACGCUUGGAGUGUGGAUUCUCGUCAGUCAGCGUUCAAGCCCAGUGCGGGGCGCGGAUUCGACAACGACUUCUCGUCGGGCUUCGGAAGCAAGUUCACAAGUAAACCACCAACUUCUACCGCUGACUUUGGAGAUGCAUUCGACCCAAUGAAAGCUGUCCCUGUCUCGUCUUCACCAUCGGCGCCUCGAGCAGGAUCCAACUCACAGCAACCGCCACGGCUCCGCCAAAGUCGCUUUGGCAAAGACGCCUUUGAGGGCCUUGGAUUGCCCUCUCAGCCGCCGCCGCCGCCGACUCUUGGAGAGGCGAGGAUGAGUCGGACAGGACUAGCGAGCUUCGGCGGCUCGAGUUCCCAGAGUGCAGGGUACAACCUCGCCACUCCCGCCGGCACCGGGCUAGGGACUUCCAACACGUCGUACAGGCCGCCCAGUAUCCACGCUUCUCGUCCUACGCCGUCACCACAGCUACCACAGUCCCAGAUCCAGCCACAAUCAACCAAUAUGUCACCGAUACCACCGCCCGCAGUGCCGUCGUGGAAGCCGAACGCCAAAGAACAAGACAACAUGUCUGCGGAGGAGCGUUUCCCGUCGCUGGAGGACCUCGACAGGACAUUUGCCUCGCCAUCACCAGCUGCACCGUCGGACAAGCCUCCGUCGAUGUCUUCGCGACCUACCGAACGUCCUCCGUCACGAAGCAACUAUUUCGCAGCGCUGGGGGCCGGUGCAGGCUCGAGUGCACCAGGGGUCAAGGGCCGUUAUGAUGGCGUACGCUCCCAACAAGUUACUGGAACCGCGAUGCGCGAGGCCCGCCAUACGACCUCACGGCAGUCCAAUUUCAUGCGCAGCGUCGAUCCGAUGCCAACGAAGACGGAAGACGGACCCGCAGGCUCUGUCACAGUGAAGUCUUCGCGGGACAACCCCGUCGACCUCCUUGGGUCUGCCACACCGGCGCUCCCUCCGCGACCUUCUGCGCCCACAUCCAAAGCAGAACCCCAAGACUGGCUCACAGGCAACGACGAAGGCAUGGGUAGCACGCUUGCUAUUCGUACCACUGGCCUCGGCGCUCUAUCGAAUCCCCAGCCCGUCCUCCGCGACUCCCCUAGCAAGCGUGCGAGUUAUAUCGAGCGUAGCCCAAUCUCGCUUGCGAGGCCUCUAGAAGCAGAGAAUGUGCUACCACCAGUGGCCGCGCCCCAGUCGACGUCACUUGAACGAGAAUGGGACAUGGCACUCGACCGUUUGGACAACAUGCCGAUGGGGAAGAGCGAACGAGACAAACGCAGGGCGGACGCGGCAAAGCCUUCAGGAAGCGAGCGGAGGCAGCGCUCGAAGUCCCCUCAGGCGACCAAGGCGUUCAUCACCCGUGGCAACGUCGAUAUGGUUGGAUUGGGGCUGCAGACUCCGACUGCUUCUGGAACUGGUUCACGUCUAGCACGCACACCUUCGCCUGGGCCUAACGAUAACUGGGGCCCGAAUCCGUCGUCGAAGCAUCAGAAGCAUGGGAAGCGAGGAUCUUCGUCCAGCAGCGACGGAGAACCGGAGGAUUUGAACGGCUACACGUACAUGGGUGACAAGCCGGGUCUCAAAGGCGCGAGCUUUUCGAACGGGACUGCCGAUGCAAACAAGCGGAGGCCUCCGCGGGCCAAGGGUCGGCAGAGCUCUGUACACGACCUAGUCGACCUGUGGGGUGGGAAGAGCCCAACGUUGCCUAACGCCCCGGCUGUCAACAGUCCGACGCUCCCUCCCCCCGCGAACAAGCGCAGUUCUGUCAUCGUGCAGUCGACAUCAAUGAAGCCCCCCCAGCUUUUGAGUAAGCCCAGGGCAGCAUCUCCUCAGCCGAUGAUGGGCCCCCCAUCACCCAGCAAGGCCAAGGCGUCCGGUUCUGGCUCGGGUUUCAAGCGCAGCGACAUGGGUCCUCCAGCCAUUUCUCCUAAUACUUCGGAGUUCGCAUCAGGGCGCUCACGACCAGCGUCCAUGUUCAUCAACCCCGUCACCGCCUCUCGUUCGACUCAGGCGGACCUUGGUGUUGUGUCUUCGUCAGGGGCCGCGGCUUCGCUCGCGCAGGCCGUCUCCCCUCCCUCGGACCCAAGGCGUCGCACCACACGCCGAAGCUCCAUCACGGACAUGGUUCAACACUACGAGACGAUCACCAACACCACGACCGGUACCACAGCGAAGCCAGCCCCAGGCCCGCCCGCGAAGCCCGCUGGACUGAGCGUGAAGACCGGUCACAGGAAGACACCCAGCGCGUCUUCAUUCGACUACGCGUCGCCCUCCGCUGCGGCGACCCGCUUCCCCAAGCUGUCGCCCACGUUGUCGCCCGAGCUCACCAAGGCCAACCUCGCCGUCCCAGACGACGGAGGGCGCGCGGCCAUGGGACGUGACUUCUCCAAGUACCGCACAUCUCCCACUGGGCUUCCUCCACGCUCGUCGCCUGUGGGUCGCCUCGACCUACCGUUCUCCUCAAACUCGAACUCGACGGGAACGAACAUCACUGGACCAUCGAUCAACGGCCUUCCUGCUCGCCGGUCGCCAGUGCUCAUCGAGCAGCCGCCGUCCCGCGCGUCAAUGCGCGACCAGCCACCUCCCUCUCCGCUCAUGGAGCGUAAGGUGUCAUCAUCGUCGACUUUGGACCUCCCUGUGCCCCAUGCGAACGUGCGGUCGCCGUCGCCAGAGAAGCCGUACCAGGGCGUGUCGCGUUUGAUCGACCGUUGGCAGAAGGCGGUGGACGACACGGGCCCCGCGGGUGGACGUCGGCCGGUGAUACCGGUGAAGAAGGCGGGUGUUGUCAACGGGGGGUCUGGGCGUGCUUGA